AUGGCGGCUCCGCCAUCUGGACAAACUCACCCCGAAAUAAUCGACUACGCCAUAGCCUCCAUCAGCAUGUCACUCCCAGAUGUCCAAGCACACUUCACGCAGACUUGGAGACCCCAGCCAAAAACCAUCAAGAACAUGGCUCGUCGCCUGGCCAAUAGAUGGAACAAGGCCACGUCUCAACAGAUACCAGCUCAGCACAAUACUACAGCCCAUCACGAUGCUUCCAUUCAGCAAGACGCUUCCAACCACGACGAUGCCUCAAUCAGCCAUACAACCCAGCAACAUACACCUGUCCAGCUGUCAUUCCCAGUUGUACAGGCCAGCGCGAUACCUAUACACAGCAAGAUGCCUGUGCCUAUCAAGACUUGCUCACCAGCUCCAACAAGUCUGAAACAAGAAGGAGUGCCAGCAACCUUGAAGCAAGAAGAAGAGUCAAAGUGA